CUUUGGCGUGACGUCGGUGUCAUGGCGGAUUUCAGUGAGUUUGUGAAUCUGCGGCGGCGAUUUAACAGCAUACAACAACAACAACAACAACAACAAGAGGACGAGCAGAGUGUGUGCUCUGAGGAGUCUGUGGAUGUGAAGUCUUCGGCUGGUAUCAAUCGUCACUCAGUCUUCUGGAUUGUGGCGUCUCUCGGUGUCACCUACUACGUGGAUUUCUUCCGAGUUGUGCUGAAUGGCAGUGACAUUCACGGUUGGUGGUUUGGUGUUGGACUGGUGUUGCUGGGACUUUGUCUGAGUCUGGCGGCGUUCUGUAUCGUGUAUCUCGAGUGGUUUAAAGGCAUCAAGAACUAUGAGCAGGAAUAUCCAGCUGUACCAGCGGUCACGACUGCGGCCUUCAUCGCUGCGUCCUGCAGUUUUAAUGUGGCUCUGUGGCCGGUCUGGUCUUUCUUCACUCCCGUCAUUCUCUUCACUCAGUUCAUGGGAGUUGUGAUGCUGAUAUCACUGCUGGGCUGAGACACUCAUCACAUUUAAAAUUUUUUUAUAGAUUUGUUAUAUUUCGGUCUCUGAAUAGGAAGACACUGUCUCUGUGACGGCAGUGACCUCUGCCUGACCUCUGACCUCAGCUGAAGAAGCGCUUUCAUGACCAAUGAGAGACACGAUAUUCUGACCUCUCACAUCAGCGUCUGAUAAGAGGCGUUUGACUUUUAAUGUUAAAGCCAUUUUGAUGCCAGCGCUGGAGAACAGCAUGAGGUCAUUUCAGGUACAUGAGGUCUAAUGGGAUGUUUUCCGUGAGGUCCUGUAUAGUUUUUCUAAAUGUAAUUUUCUUCCGUUAACUUCAGGUUGCGUUAAAUGAAUACUUGUUUUUACACAGAGAAAAGGUGCAUGUGUGUAAGAAUGUGACUGUGUUUUUGUUGUUGAAAUUAAACGGGUUAAUCAGUUUGAUGAGA